AUGAAUAAUGUGGCCAGACACAAUGGGGUGCCUUCUCAGACAAAAGACCACAAGACAGCAUCCCUGUGGUGCACGCAGGCCCAGCAGGCCUUCAGGUCUGAGCCCAGGAACCUCACUGUGCGGAUGGGAGCCACAGCUGUGUUGAGGUGUGAGGUGCUGCGGGCCUCAGGGACUGUGCAGUGGGUGAAGGAUGGCCUCCUCCUGGGACCUCAGAGAAGCCUGCCAGGCUUUCCACGCUACAGCAUGAUUGGAAACCCCAAGAGAGGGCAGUAUCAUCUCCAGAUUGAGAAGGCCCAACUGGAAGAUGACGGCCCCUAUGAAUGUCAAGCGGGCCGGUCUGAGAGCAGCCGAGCGAUCAUUUCCAAUACAGCCUGGAUCAACAUGCUAAUUUCUCCUUCCAAGCCGUACUUUGAGGUGGACAUGGAAACACCUUGGGUGGCAGGGAAGACGUACACCGUCACCUGUGUCGCCCCCGACGCGAGGCCCAUGGCUGAAAUCACACUUUUUAAAGAUGGAGUCGAGCUGACAGGUGCAGAGUCUUUCACCAUGUCUGGCUCAAAGGAUAAGCUCCUGAACACGCGUGCUGAAGUAACCGUCACCGCUCUGAGCUCUGACAACGGGAGGCAGCUGGCGUGCCGUGCCACCAACCCCGCCCUUUUCCGGCCUUGGGAGACCACAAUGACCAUGAGCGUGUACUUCCCACCUCAGCCUCCAGUUAUUGUAGGUCUGGAGAGAGAGGAAGUCAAAGCGGGGAGAUUGCUCAUGUUGGAGUGUGUGUCUCAUGGUGGAAACCCCCUAGCCACUCUCCACUGGACCAAGAAUGGAGAGGCUUUGUCUACAACUUGGAAGGAGGACACUGUGGCGCAGAAGUCCAGCAGCGUCCUCCACCUGAAGAUCAGCCCCGAGGACAACCAGGCAGUGCUGUGCUGCGAGAGCGUCAAUCUGGUGUCCCUAUCGCCCCUGUCCGUCAGCCGCAAAAUCACUGUGCUCUUUGAGCCUGCAGAGGUGACGCUGUUGGGUUCGCUCACGGCCACUGAGGGGCAGGACUUGAGUCUGAGCUGUUAUGCCACCUCCAGUAAUCCCCCCGUCCAGAUUCGCUGGUGGCUGGGCUACAAGGAGCUCAACACAUCUAUUGUCACCGUGGAAGAGGGAGACAAUGGUGGGAUGACAACCAUGUCCAACAUGACCCACAGGGUCUCCCGCGAGGAGGAUGGGCUGAAACUCACCUGUGAGGCUUUCAACGAGGGCACACACUUCUCCAAGAUCCAAGUCGGCAAGCUCAGUGUCUACUACCCUCCUCAGAAGGUUUGGAUCGAUGCUCCUCCUCAGGGUGUCCCCCUUCAUUCAGGGACCACGGUCCGUCUCAUCUGCUUCUCGACUGGAGGCAAUCCCCUUGGGACUCUGACCUGGUUCAAGAACGGAAAAGCCGUGACUGAUGCAUUGAAGCAGGCGUCCUUUGAUCGGGGUGUGGCUCGAGAACUGGUCCUGGUUCUGGAGGCGAGUGACAACAUGGCUGCUUACCGCUGUGAUGCCAAAAAUGAGGCAAAGAAGACCAUCUCCGCCCACACCAAGCUCACAGUUCACUUUCCUGCAAUAAGUAUCAAGAUCACAACUAAACAGGAGGAGCUACGUCGGGGCCAGAUGCUAACUCUGGAGUGCCAGUCUGGAAGCAGUAACCCCAAGGCCAACGUCUCCUGGAGUUUGGGGACACUCAGGUUCCAGGGAGUGGAGCAGCCACCCAGGAAGGCUCAGUUUGGUGGUGUGUCAGUGCAGAGUUCUGUAUCCCUGAAUCUGAGUUCACAGCAUCACAACCAGAGGGUCGUUUGCCAGGCCUACAGUCCUGUGCUAGCAGAGGUGCCCAACACAUUCUUCAAACUUAAUGUUCUUUACCCACCAGAGUUCAGCCCAGAGCAGCCAACGCAGGUCCAGGUGGUGGAGGAUGACAUGGCAACAAUCCCACUGCUGGUCUCAGCUAACCCAGAGGAGGUCUCCUGCAUUUGGCUGCACCGCAGGGAGAAGCUGGUCAAAGAGGGAGAUCUGCGCUACCACUGGCCGGACGACAACUCACUGGAGAUUGAGAAUGUGACGAGGAAAGAUGCCGGCGUUUACACAGUCAAGUGCACAAAUGACGAGGGUGUCGACCAAACCUCCGUCAUGCUCGACGUUCAGUAUGCUCCCAGUGUCAAGGCAGUGAAAGACCCUGUGUUUGUGAACCGGGGGGAAACAGCAGACCUAAUAUGUGUGGCAGAUGCCAACCCUGUGAUAUCUGGCAUGUUCUCUUGGAAAUUGCUGGGAGAAAGGGAGGUGGGGAUGGGAGAGGAGACUCAGGAAGAUGAAUCUGGCCUUCUGACCAUCCAUGAUGUGACUCGGGCUCAUGCUGGCCUUUACCAGUGCACAGCUGAUAAUGGCAUAGCACCCCCUGCCACUGCAGAGGUGCAGCUGGUAGUGCAGUUCAAACCGGAGCUUCAGAAAGGACCGCAGUGGAGGAAGGUAGCGAGCAGAGGGGAUGGAACCACUACAGCUGAGGUUGUGUGUCAGGCAGAAGGUAUCCCUCGUGUUGACUUCUCUUGGGAAAAAAAUGGCGUACGCAUGGACUUUGCAAACCCCAGGUAUGAGGAGCAGACUGUGAGGGAGGGCUCCUUCCACACCAGCACAGUUCUGGUAGUAAAUGUGAGCGCAGCUCUGGACUAUGCUGUCUUCAGCUGCACUGCUCAGAACUCACUUGGGGAAGACAAACUAGACAUCCAGCUCGUCAGCACAAGUCACCCAGAUCCUCCGUCAUCGUUUCGCCAAGUCAGCACUACCCACGACUCAGUCACUCUGGAGUGGAUCCCCGGCUUCAGUGGCGGUUUGCAGCAGAGAUUUCGUGUAAGAUACCGUUGGGAUCAGUCAGCAAGUUUCCUGUACGUGGAUGUCUUUCCUCCCAGCGCAGCAGCCUUCACUGUCACCGGCCUGCAGCCUGCUACCACCUACAACUUCUCUGUCAAUGCCCUCAAUGCGAUGGGAGAGAGUGGCUAUGCUGACGACAAUGCAGUACUGACCAUCACCACCAAGGAGAGGCCAGAGCUAGAAGAAGUCCCAGCAGAUGAUGACUCAGUCUCACAGAGUGCAAGUGGACUGUCAGGCUAUUUGACAGUGGUGUUCACGGUGGUGUUUGGAGUCAUGCUGGCGUUGAAUUCACUGGGCUGCUUCUUUGGAGUGAGGUGGAAGAGGAGACGAGGCCAGACAGGGGGUAGAGGAGGCAGUGUGUCGGACGGAAAGAAGAAUGAAGAGGAGGGGUCCAACCAGUCAACUGUAAGCAACUCCAAUAAGUACGAGAGCAGAGAAAAGAUCAACGCCACCGCCCAGCGCACCCUCCUCGUCGACUCUGGAUCCGAAACAGACAGCAACGUCUACGAGAGCUAUGCGGCGGAAAGCUCCCAUUAUUAUUACCCCACCGCUGACUACAUGCCACCUCUCAGUCCACACCCUGAGGAAAUACGCAGGCUCGAUGUUACUCGCCUCCCCGAGGACGCUCACAGCCAUCUGUAUGAAGAUGUGAGAGACGUGGGUCUGCACCAGGACAUCCUGCCUUCCCCUCUCUCUUCCGCUCUGCCCUUGUUUGACCAAAGAUUGCCUCAUCAAAGGAAUGAGUGGAAAUCACCGACCCACCCUCAGGAUAUUGAGAGAGUGAGGGAGUUCAUGGAUGUUCAACAACCGAAGAGAGAUUCUGAUCUACCCUUUGAACUGCGUGGCGAAUUGGUCUAGAACGAGAGGAUCAGAGCAAACAAAUAUGCUAAGAGGGGG